CUACGUGUAUAAAAAUAGUUAUCGUGCGAUACACCCAAUCAACUGCUACCGUGUGGCCUAAGGCGGCACAGCUUUAUUUUCACUCCAUAAAGAGCUAGUACUGCGCAAAAUGUAUGGCAAAUACAUCGCCUUGUUGGUUUCACUGUUAGGAACCACUCUCGCCAUAUACCCUUACUUCGAUACGCAAGAUUUCAUAUACAAUGUUCCGAAAGUGUACAGAAUCUCUCUUACUCUAGACAAACUGCUGGAGUACUAUGAGAAAAGGCCAUCGAAAGAUCCAGAGUGGCAUAUCGCUGUGAGAAUGGCCAGAGGUCAACUCGAGUAUACAAUCAAUGAAUUGGACAAAUCAGUGCCAGCGAAGUUGAAGGAAAAUUUGCAGAACCUAACGAGGAGAAUGGAUCGGAUUCAAAACAGCACGAAUUUCGAAACUCUUGUGUAUCGCAGUAAAGAUUAUGAAUACGUUGCAAAAGCAAUAUUUGAAAAUUUAGACGUUCUUGCAACAAUGCUAGAGCCACUAACGAUUGGCACGAUGGGAACUCAGAAACCUUUCCGAUUCGCCUUCGAACAAUACGUCCAAGAGGCGAGAACAAAAAUGCCAACCCGAAAAGCGGCAGACGCAUGUAUGAUGCAAAUUCUUAUAUCAGCUAUGGAGGCGCAAACUACUCAAACCGAUGGAAGCUGCGAGAUAACAUCAGAAUGUCAAGCACAAUUGAUACAAGGAUCUGGCCUGGCUUUCCAACAAACCAGCCGCGUCCGAGCAAUGGUUUUAGCUCGUCUCUUUGACUGCAUGGAAGGAGUGGAUCUCUCGGCCCUAAUUUACAAGCUUUGUAUACAGGUUUAUAAAGAAACGAAAUCGUUAGAGGCUUGGGAUCACCCAGCUGGCACCAGAACACUAUUUAUGCAACAAAUACUGUUUUGCGCUUCUCAAGGAUAUGGAGAAUUUAUAAAGCCACGCUGGAUGAACAAGAUCAUUUCGUGGCAAGAACCCAAAGGAUGUUAUGCGGAUGACCGGCAACCAUUUCUACGGCUUACUGGAUUUGUAGGACCCAUAUCGGCGCCGCCUAAAGAAAGAGAGGAGCAGUAUCGUGUGAAGAAGGCAGCGACAACCGAAGGAGGUUCGUGCAACUCCUUGACAUCGGCCAUGGCUCUGGGCUCGCUGGUGGUGUACGUUCGAGCGCUUUUAGAAACAGAUCAAGCAUUCCAAUACGACGUUCUUGUUUAG